UCUGCUUCCUCCGUUGUUUGUUUUUAAGGUGGAGGUUUAAGUGAAAAUAUCUCGUCUUCUUCGUCGUCUUUUGCAAACAGCAAGCACCUGAAAUGGCACCGCGAAAGAAACCAACGAAAUCAACCAAGAAAGCGCCUGCACGAGCAGCGGUUCGCGAGGAAUCGCCCGAGCCCGAACCAAGCCAAGCCAACCCAAUACCGGAAUUCCGACAGUUAACGGCCUCAGAAGUAGCUGGAGCGAUGGGAAGCGAAACGGACAGCGAUCUCAGCGAGGAUGACCCCUCGUACUCAACGCAGUCGAAACCGAACUUUUCCUUCCUGCCCUCGCACAGGCAUUCCAGCCCACGCAAGUCCAACCGCAACCGAUCUGGAAGUAGCGAUGCUGUUUCACAAUCACCUACUGCCGGAACAUCGCGUGCAUCGAUCCCGGUGCAUCGAUUGGCCAGCGCUUCGACGGUACCAAAUUCAGAGCUCACCAGGACGCCGAUUAGACGCAGCGGACAACAAGGCGCAGAACCCGCAUCGGAACCCCAGCCACGGGGCAGGACUAAUCACAGAAGAAAACAAACCCGUCCGGCAAACUGGAAGGCUAUCCGGGAAAUAGUCCACCUGCAGGCUACCGUGAACAGUCUCAUACCGAGGCUUUCGUUCGGCCGAGUGAUAAGAGAAAUCCUUGCGGAAUAUAGUAACAGCGAUAUGAGGGUGACGGCGGAAAUGUUAACCUGCCUACAGGAGGCCGCGGAAGUGUACAUUGUGCAGAUGUUCGAAGACGCCUACCGAUGCACGCUGCACCGAGGGCGAAUAACACUGAUUCCCAAGGACAUGGAACUAGCAUUACUGAUCAGACGAGAUGCCAGUUAAAGAAGAAUUUAUUUUUUAGCAAAGUUAACGACCUUUUCAAGUGAUGUGGUGUUACUAAUGUUACUAUGCGCGCUCAUCCGUAGUACGAAAAUACAUUAUAUUGCUUUUUUUUAUUGUUUAAUAAUUCGGUUCUUUAAAUUUCCCUUUACCAAUAAUUUUAAAACGGUUCAAACGGAUAUCUUCUUAAGGAUUUUGUUUCUCAGCUUCGCUUGAUUGGGGCUGCUCUAUCGAGGAUUUCUCAUACGCUACUUGCUCCGCAUUCACUUUCUCCAAAAUUGGUGGCUCUUUGGCCAAAGCGUUAGCGUCACUGGUUUCCACUUUCUUGCGGUCCAUAUUUUGGCCAGCCAGUUUGUGGUUCUCCUCCUGGUCACCAGCGCUAGCUUUGGUGACCGUGGAGAUUGGAGAGGCCGAGUCCGGAUUCAAAAUUUUCCACAAACAUGAACCACUCUUGUCGCUGUUCGUCCGCUUUCCAUGAGUCAUCGUUUGCUUGGCAUCGCCUACGGUUUCUGGUUUCUUCCUGCCCCACUCAUCGCCAGCGCUACAUCCGGGGAACAGUAGGUUGGACAUAUCGUUAUCCACAUGACUUUUGACACCAUGUGUCCGCUGCUUCACAGAUUCCAUUGCUUCCGCAUUUCGUAGACACCGUUGGCUACCCACUGGAGCCUGCUGGCUACGGUGCAGUUGGUGGAAACGUUCGCGGUACCGCUGCUCCGUCGAUUUGCCUUCCUCCGAUUGGAACACACGUUUCAUUUGCGCCCCAUCGUCACUGGCCGAUGGCGGUCGGGUGGAUAAAGGAUUCGAUGCAUACCCGGGAAACCCCUUCAAAUACUGCGUUUCAUAGAACGUUUCAUCCGUCUGGUGGAAGAUACUGUCCAUGGCGCCAUCUUCUUUCCGCGGUUGAGUGCGCGACAUGGGUUUGUCCGACUUUUCUGCCAUCGCUGCCAAUGUAUACUAAGUUCGUAGUAAACGCUGCGACGGGACUGCGUUACCAUGCGUUCGCGCUGUGUUUUAAAGAAGGCGUUGAGCAGUUGUUAGGGACCCAUUCAUACACGCCUGUUUGUAUAAAUAGCAAUACGAUUUCUUACUAUAUCUCAUUUCAUAUAUUUCCUCAAACUUAAUAUAAUACACAACAGUUUCGUUUUGCUUCCCGUUGGGUCUUCAUUUUUCCGUUUCUUAACGUUUGUUUGUUUUUUCAAAGAAGAAUAAAUCGUUAGUAACAUUACUACAACCCUACCGUCGCCAGGCCCUUCAACUAAUACACGUUUUGUUCAUUCUAUCAGUUGAUAAUUCUAAAUUUAAUUUUUCUCUCCCGUGUUUCUUCAUUACCAUUUCUUUAACGUUCCACACCUUUGCCAUGGACAGCUUGGUGUGGAUCAACAAAGUUGUAAAUUUGAUAUGAAACAAAUUUGCAUAACGUACUUCCGUAAAAUGAAACUUUAACGCGGCUCACAUAUUGUAUAUUGGAUGCUGAAAACCACCAACCGCGAUGGCCUGUGGCUGUGUGUUUUACAUGUUUUUCUUCAUUAUGGUCGGUUAUUUCUCGCUAUUGCUCUAAAGUGCUAAUAUUGAAAAAAAAGAAAGAUUAAAGAUGGGUGGGUGGUUUGGGUGUGUGUUGAUUAUUUGAUUUUGUUCGCUCAACGCUACACUUUAUCAUUACUUUAUAAAGUGUUUGUUGGUUGGAAUCCUAUCGCACGCACUAGCACUCUAAGAUUACCAAUUAGUAUGGUAGAAUUAUAUUCUACGGUAAAUUGAAAAAUUCUACUGAUCUGCAGAUGUUCCAUUACCGUCACGCCGGUGAAGGUCAAUAUUAGAUUAAUUUACAUUUCUCGACUAAGAAAACGAGCAAGUCGUUCGUUUUGACGCAAAGUUGAGCCUAUUCUUAUAAAAAGUCUUCCCUUUCCGAGCGCCUUCUACACCAAGCAAACUCUGUAAAUUGAUACAAAAGAUCAGAAAAGAAUUGCUUUCUGUUUAAAUGCAGCAAUAGGCUGUCUGGUGUAAUGUAUUUCAACGUGUGUCGUCAUAUUCUGCACUCAUGCAAUGUACGCGCG